AUGCUGCGCAAGCAGGCGGCCGCCGCCUCGUCCGGGCUGCCGUGGCCGCCCGCGGCCGGCGCGGGCGCGGGGGCGCGGGCCGCGGUGGGGGCGCUGCUGCGCGUGGAUCCGGCAGGGCGCCUGGGAGCCAGCCGAGGCGUGGACGAGAUCAGGGCGCACGACUUCUUCGCACGGGAGGACUGGCAGGCCGUCGCCUCGGCGGAGGCGCCAGGCCCUCCCUUCGACGAGUCGCUGGGCCACACGCUGGCGAGCGCCACGGCCUCGCCGCAGCGCCCCCGGCGGGUCUGCGCCGGCGGCUGCGGGGGCCCCGGCGCGGAGGCCCCCGACCCCUUCGAGGGGUUCUGA